GGGGUGAGAAGAAACAGCAAGGUCCGAAACAGCGGAAGGCGUACCCUGGCGUAGCCGACAGGCGGUUAUGCGACGCCCAACUCAGUUCUCUCAAGCAGAUCUGCAAACGUACAGGCGCGCAUGGUCAGCACAAUCCCCAACCGAUUUUCCCAGCCCUUGCGUGGAGUCGAAUGCAAUGUCAUCCAGCAGGCAUGCACACACUGCGCAGUGCGCACGGUGCGCAGCUUGUUUGACUUCAGCUUUGGCCACGGUGCGGUUUCGAUCUCCUGCCCGGGCACGUCACUUCCGCGCCAAAUCAAUAGCGUAUGUAUAAGCACCUGCUACCCAGAAAGUGACAGCCGAGGUGGUUCAUUGCAUGCCGCCCGAUGGAUCAAAGAUCUGCCAUCGACCACAAGCAUGGAAACGUGUGUCCCUCUCAGAAGCCACCUGCAUUUGGGUGGCCGGCGUAUGGCGGUCGUGACUUCGCGCCCCGCCUGAGCUGUCCAAGCUUGAAGGAACGCGCAUGACGUUGACGGCUGGCAUGGAUCCUCCCUGAAACCAGCGCAUGUAAGAGGAAGAAGCAACCAAGGGGGAAAGGGGCGCAGCUGCUUCCAAACGGAACUGGCGGAAUCUGGAUAGACAGGUUCGCGAGGAACAGUGAAGGAGAUUGUAGGACACCUUACAUUCAGCUCGCCUUCCAGCUUUACAUUGCCAGAAGUGCUCCACAGUGCUUUUGUGAGGUAGCGGUAGCAAAAGAAGAGUUACAAGGAGGCAAAGAACGGCGCCAAGUCAAUUUGUAGAGAUAGGCAGCUUCUCUGCUUCUCAGGCUUGCACAAAAGAGAAGAUCAAGAAGAAACAGCAUGCCAGCUGUGCUCGUAGCCCCAGUUGUGGUGCAGGGGGUUGCCACUGCCGGUCUGCUGGCUGGGGGAGUCCUGCUGAAAAGUUUUCUGGAUUGGGAGGAGCGACAAAGAGAACAGGCAGACUACAACCGUUGUCCUACCUGCAAUGGGCGAGGCCGUGUGCCGUGCUUCUGCCAGAGGUGGUCAGACGGGGAUGUUGGGUGCAGUACUUGCGCAGGUUCAGGGGAGAUGCAGUGCAACAGUUGCGGAGGGGGUGGCACUGGGGUGCCUAUUCCUAUCAAGAUUCGGGCAGAUGAGGGGACAGGGUCAUCUUCAAACGGAGGAUACAGGAUAGACCGAAUGUCAAGAUUCAUUCGACCAUCAUCGUCGAGAGGGGCUGCAGCUGGGGCUGUUAGUGGUGCCAGUGUCUUCAGUAGAGGCACUGGCAUCUCAUCCCUUAGAACAGACGCGCAAAUGGGGACUGCAACUAGUAUGAAAACCGCAGCAAGGCCAGCUUCGACAAGGACGGUUUCUGCAUUCCCCAAGAAGUAGCCAUGCUUAGGCUACCCAUAGAACUUGCCUGCUUCUAGAAAGUGGAUUGAUGCACUUAUUCUAAGGUACAUUCAUUGGAUGGGGAUGUCCGCGGCUGAGGUUCACUGGUGGACGAUUGGUGUGUUUUGACCAAGACAGGUACUGUACAGAUUUGGUGUGCCAAGUGGCAUGCAUAGAAGAGCUGGUUGAUAGAGGUUUGAUAGUCGUCCGUACAUUGAAUUAUCGCUAUUGUUAACACAAAGCUUUUGUCAUGUUCAUGCUCCCUUUUUCUUACACAGCAG